AUGGCGGUACCGCGGGCAUUGUUCGUUUUAGCGACAGUGGCGGUCGCUGCCGCCGCCCUUCCCGCUCCUGAGUGGGAGUCGAUCGCCGGCUUACAAUCGAAGACGGAGGACGCGCGGCAGGCUGCAGCGGUGCAGGAGUUGUUGGAGCGGCUGCUGGGCCCACGGGCUGCCUCCGCCUUCUCGGUGUCGGUCAACCGGUCUUUGGCCGGGCCCGGCGGACUCGACACGUACCGGCUGAGCUCGGGGGCGCCAGGGGUUGUGGAUGUAGCUGGUUCCAGCGGGGUGGCCGCCGCCUCAGGUGUCUACCGCUACCUGAAGGACUUCUGCGGCUGCCACGUUUCCUGGUCCGGGACACAACUCCGACUGCCGGAUAGCCUGCCGCCUGUACCCACCGAGAUCGUCGUCACCAGCCCCAACAGGUUCCGGUUUUAUCAAAAUGUCUGCACUCAGAGUUACUCGUAUGUGUGGUGGGAUUGGGCCCGCUGGGAGCAGGAGAUUGACUGGAUGGCACUCCAUGGCAUCAACAUGGCGCUGGCAUUCACUGGGCAAGAAGCCCUCUGGCAGCGGGUGUAUUUGUCCCUGGGCCUGAACCAGUCAGAGAUUGAUGAAUAUUUCACAGGCCCAGCCUUUCUGGCUUGGAACAGGAUGGGGAACUUGCACACCUGGGCAGGACCACUGCCACUUUCAUGGCACCUGAAGCAACUCUAUUUGCAGCACAGGAUCCUGGAAAGAAUGAGGAGCCUGGGGAUGAUCACAGUGCUGCCAGCCUUCUCUGGACAUGUCCCCCGAGGUCUUUUAAGGGUAUUUCCCCAGGUCAAUGUCACGCAGCUGGGGAACUGGAGCCACUUCAACUGCACCUACUCUUGUGUCUACCUCUUGUCACCCGACGAGCCCAUGUUCCAGGUCAUUGGGACCCUCUUCCUAAAAGAAAUGAUCAAGGAGAUUGGUACAGAUCACGUAUACAGCGCUGACACCUUCAAUGAGAUGCGCCCCAUCUCUGCAGAUCCUGCCUACCUAUCCAAGGUCAGCGCAGCUGUCUUCCACUCCAUGACUAGAGCUGACCCCAGUGCCCUGUGGCUGAUGCAAGGCUGGCUUUUUCAACACCUGCCGGAUUUCUGGAAGCCAGCCCAAGUCCAGGCCCUCCUGCAGGGUGUGCCUCUCGGCAGGAUGCUGGUGCUGGACCUCUUUGCGGAAUCCAAGCCUGUCUAUCCAUGGACAGAGUCCUUCUAUGGACAGCCCUUCAUCUGGUGUAUGCUUCACAACUUUGGUGGGAACCAUGGCCUUUUUGGCACGGCAGAGAGUAUCAAUCAGGGCCCUUUCGAGGCCAGAGGCUUCCACAACUCCACCAUGGUGGGAGUUGGCUUGACCCCAGAGGGUAUUGAGCAGAACGAUGUGAUGUAUGAGCUCAUGACAGAUCUGGGUUGGCACAAGGAGCCGAUUAAUCUCAUGGAGUGGGUGGCCAACUAUGCCACACAGCGCUAUGGUGCCAUGAAUGCCCAGGCAACGCAAGCCUGGCAGCUACUGCUCCGGAGUGCCUACAAUUGUUCGGGAGUUUGCAUCAACCAUAACCACAGUCCACUUGUGCACCGCCCUUCCUUGCGGAUGAACACGGAGCUGUGGUACAACAGAAGUGACAUCUACGAGGCUUGGCGGCUGCUGCAAAGUGCAGCCAGCACGCUUGGCACCAGCAGCACCUUCUGCUACGACCUGGUGGAUGUGGCACGCCAGGCCGUGCAGCAGCUGGUUAGCGACUAUUACAUGGAGAUCAAGCAGGCUUUCGAGAGCCACACACUGCCCCUGCUCCUCACAGCCGGUGGUGUGCUGGUCUACGAUCUCCUCCCAGAACUGGACGCUCUUCUGUCAAGCGACAGGCGCUUUUUGCUGGGGAGCUGGCUAGAGGCUGCCUGCACAAUGGCCACCAGUGCCAGAGAGGCGGAUCUGUAUGACCUCAAUGCUCGCAACCAGCUGACGCUCUGGGGACCCAGUGGCAAUAUCUUGGACUAUGCCAAUAAGCAGUUUGGAGGGCUGGUGCUGGACUAUUAUGGGAUGCGCUGGAGCCUCUUUGUUUCUACCUUGGUGAAAUGCCUCAACACAGGAACGCCUUUUCACCAGAGCCAAUUCAACGAAGCUGUUUUCCAAGUGGAGCAGGGAUUUAUCUAUAAUGGGAAACGGUACCCUGACACGGCUACAGGCAACACACUGGACAUAGCCACAAAGAUAUUUCUGAAGUAUUACCCUUCUGCCAUGAAACGCAACCACUUGAGGGCUAUGUGAUGGACAGCUUAGCUUUCCAGACCAUCAAGUCCAAACAGCUGAAUUUGUUUGGUGCCCUGAGCCAGACUGUCUCUGACCAGCUUGUCAUGGUGGUUUCUUUGGGUGCAUGUCCCAGUUGUAUUGGAAAUGGUGGUUUGAGUGGGGUGGAGGGGUAAUAUAGCGAGCCUGGCAGUGCCCAAUAUCAGUAAGAAGAAUGCCAGGGCUAAAGCCUGCUUCCAAGUUGUGCGCUUUGACCUUGAAGCCCUCCAUCCUAGCAGAUAAGUUGAAACUGGCUGGAAUUGGCGAUAAGUAUCUGAAACUCUGCAGAUGCUCUCAAAGGCAUUUGCUUUCUUUAUUCAUGUGCUCCUGAGCUGGCUCAAAUGGGCUUCAACAGUGUGGAAAUGGGCACUACAGCCUUAGUAGUGGAUGGUCACUAGGCCUGUUCAUCCAGCUCCCUGCCCAUGUCUGGGACCAGGCCAGGAUGUGGGGGGCCAGAGACAAGACAGAGGCACUAGGUCCAGGGCAACAGAACUUGAAGUGAGUCCAAAACCAAGGUUUGAUGGCAAGGCCCAGUCAUAAUCAUACUGCAAGCUGAAGUAAGGAACCAGGAAGACAAACAGGUGCAGGUACCUUGAGGCAGGCUAACUGGACAGAUACACGGUAAGGCAGGAUACUGGCUGGCAAGAGGCAGGCAUGACAAUUGCUGAGGCAGUUGGCAAGGCAAGAUACAUG